UGUGUUUGUGUGUGUUCAUGCAGGUCGAGGACAAGGCCGAUGUAUUAAACAAGGAGUUGCUGAGCACCAAGCAACGACUGGUGGAGACAGAGGAGGAGAAACGACAACAGGAGGAGGAGACGGCCCAGCUGAAGGAAGUGUUCAGGAGGGAGCUGGAAAAAGCCGAGCUGGAGAUCAAGAAAACCACAGCGAUCAUCGCUGAAUACAAACAGAUAUGCUCCCAGUUAAGCACCCGGUUGGAAAAACAGCAGGCGGCAACAAAAGAAGAGCUGGACAUCGUCAGGAGUAAAGUGAUGGGCUGUGACCGCUGUAGGGACCUGUUCACGACCCUGGGGUCCCUCCAGGCUUCGUCCCCCGGGAGAGACCACACAUCCACAGAACCCAUGGACGAGGAGAAGGACGGACUGAAGGAGCAGCUGAGGCAUCUGGAGCUGGAGCUGGCUCAGACCAAACUGCAGCUGGUGGAGGCCAAGUGCCGCAUGCAGGAGCUGGAGCACCAGCGGGGGGUCCUGAUGAACGAGAUCCAGGCAGCCAAGAACUCGUGGUUCAGCAAAACUCUGGGCUCCCUGAAGAGCUCCUCCUCCUCUUCCUCCAGCUCCACGUCCCAGGCCCCCUCCUCUCCGAAGGAGGGGCCUGCCUAAACAAACCCUCCCUCCAUAUCUCCUUUCCCUGCAGGAUGCACACUAGAGCUGAGGAACAAAAGUUGAAGGAACAAGCGGCGGAGAAAUGCAGUAUUCUUUUUCCAGCAGGUGGCAGCGCAGAGCUCGCCAGCUUCUUGGACUGCAAACAGCUGAAAAUAUGAGGGAGGAAAUGGGCGGAUGACUGCUUCCUGUUUCACUUAAUGUUUACGUUUGAGGGAACAAAACGUAAACGUCACAGGUGACAGGCGAGGGUGGAUCAUCAUGAGGCUCAGCAGCCGUUAUCUACACGUUUAUUGUUGAGUUCUCAUUAUAGGAAAGCUGGGUAAACACAAUUGCUCUUAUUGGUGUAUUAUUUAGCUCCGCCUUGUGACCAGAUAUUGCUACCUGUUAGUUCAUUUAUCUGUGUGAAAUUAGGAUUUGUGUAGCUGAAAAUUACAAUCAGUCUCACAAUUUACAUAAUAUUUUCAAUGAGUGAAACAGCUACAGGUGCCGAUAUAUUACACGUUUAAUGCAUAGAUAUGUAGAGACCUUCAGCGCAGCAAAGCUACAGCACUCUGAAAAAAGAAUACUGCAUUCAGUCUUAAACAAAAACAACACAAAAAGUUGUAUUUCUUUAUAGUAAUAUAACGUUAAUAAUGUUGUCAUAUAAAUAUGUAUAACUAAUUAUUGAUUUUUGUAAUAAUCUUGUACAGUUCAGAAAAAAAAGAAAAGUUCUUUGUUUUUGUUUUUUUUACCGUUUGGAAAUUGAAUGUCAACUCCCUAGAUGUUGGUAAGCACAGUCGGUCGAGUCCAAACGCUGAAGACCCACAGUGACAGCCUGCAGAGAGCUUGAUGUCACGGGUUGAACUCAUGGUGUGAAUUAUCACUAAACGCGCAUGCAGCCAUACAUUAGUUCACAGUUGUGGUGCCUGCAGAAAUGGGCUCUUUUUGAGUGAAUGUCUCCAAAAUGUUUUUUUUAAAUAACUGGUUGUAAAUUUGAAAAUGUUUUUUAAAUUCAUUUGUUAAUGUUAUUGUUUUAGAGUGCACAGUUUGUCUUUGGAGUGUGCAAACAAGCAGUAUAGUUGGAGGUAAAAGGACUUGUGAUUUAUUUCUGGCAUUGGUUAUUUUUACAGGCUUUAAAAAAGGCUUUUAUUGAUCUAGAUAAUCCAUCACAGUAGGAGGAACUGAUUAUACCUGCCUGUGUUACGUAACGCUGUGCAGACAACACCUACAGAAAGUACUCAAAGUACCUGUUCAUACCUGUUACUGUUAUCCAACUUCCCUGUAGAUAUAGAGCCAGUGCGUUAAAUUAGGUAACUCUAACGUUCAGUAUGCUCUAAAGUAUCUGUUACAAAGCACAGUCCAUCCCUAAAUAAACACCUAGCAAAGCAUAAAUAAGCAAAAUUAAGCUGCACGUUCCCCCCCGUCAUUGCCAAGCAGUCUCAGGCCAUUUUGCACAGCUGUGCCAACACCUUGAUUCCCUCUGUCUGCUUAUAAUGACACCAUUUUUAAUUGAUUGUUUACACAAAGAUUGAACUAGGCAUGUUUAUACCUGAAUCUUUCCUGUGCUCAGUUGCUGUGCUAACUAUUCAGAAUAAACUGUAUUAAAUGUUACCAGCCAACUAGUUAUUUCUUGAAAUUGAGAACUUAUAAACCCUAACUCUUAAAAUGUAGCGAGCUUUAUUUAUGUACAGGUAAUUCUCUCAGUAAAAUAAAUUCAUGUAUGCUUGACAUUAAUGCAACAAGGGACUACUAACUUUAAGAACUAAAUAAAUGAAAACAAACAACAUACAUGUUCUACUUAUUACUACAUUGCUGCUUGCUAAUAACAAUAUUAGGAUUGAGGACCACAGCCACGACACAAGGAUGAUUCAUUGUAUGUGUACUCGGUUGAAAAAUAACAAGAAAUUGCCAAAAAGUCUGUGUAGCUUUAACAUGUAUGUUAGUGCUGUGUUAGCAGAACGCUGCAGUGUAGGUGCCAAAUAUCCCCAUUGAUUAUCCACUGCUGUUGUCACUGAAAUGAGCCUUUGGACUCGGACCAAGCCCAUGUGUAGUUGUGUGUGAGUGUGUAAUUGGCUGUAUAUGUUCUUGUGUGUUCUGCACUGUAAGCUAAGUGGUUGAAGUUGAAAUGGUUUCUUCUUCACAUGGCUGCCUUUUCUGUUGAUGACUGAAGCCGUUGCCUGAGGAGAGAGAAGCCAUCUGACAGUUUGUAAUGUCGGAGAGUGUCUGCGGUGCGAUAAGAGCGUCCCCUCUGCUCCGUCCCCAUGUCAUCUGAUUGACAGAUCUGCUUAAUCUCAUUUUCAGCAGUAUGCUUGACACAUUUCCACCGAGAGCCCCCCAGUACGACCAUUGUCCUCUCACUGGCGGCCUCUGUGGAAAUGCAUCAAUAUCAUGGCCAGGGAGAAAAAGGAAUCAUUGAAUCCCAUGUGUUUUGCAUUUCCAGGACAUUCCUUCUUCACAAUCGUUCAUCAUUCAAAGUCCUACAACCGGUUAAAUGUAAACUGUGGGCAAGUUGUCUCAUGUGCACUAACACAAUGUUGAUAUUUUAAACACUAUUUCAAGAUGUACGUUUGUUUAAAAGUAAUCCUGAGCACAGAGCAUAAUUAUUUUUUAACUGAUGAUUUAAUGUCGCAGAGAGGACAGAUGCCAAUUUAUAAUCCACUCAAAUUCAUUUCAUUUGUAACGCCUACAAGAGCAGGUGGGGAGUCGCGUUAGAGGUGUGUGUGUUACACAGAGAGGGACUGGUCCGACUCCAACACUGUUCACUGUACAGUAACUGUCUGAUCCGCAUUAAUAAAUCUCAGUUUUUCUGUUCAUGCA